GUAAGAUUAAAUAAAAUAAAAAUAAAACUAUAAUGACAUCCAUUAUUAAACUGUACACAAUAUCCGGAGCAAUGGAUGAAUCGCCCCCAUGUUAUAUUCUACAAGUGGAUGAGGUACGUAUAUUACUAGAUUGUGGCUGGGAUGAGAAAUUUGAUGCUAACUUUAUUAAAGAUUUGAAGAGACAUGUUCAUACAAUAGAUGCUGUUUUACUGUCGCAUCCCGAUGUUUAUCACUUGGGGGCUUUACCUUACCUAGUCGGCAAACUAGGCCUAAAUUGUCCCAUAUAUGCUACGAUUCCGGUCCAUAAAAUGGGUCAAAUGUUUAUGUAUGAUUUGUACAUGUCUCAUUUUAAUAUGUACGAUUUUGAUUUGUUUUCAUUGGACGAUGUUGAUGCGGCGUUCGAUAAAAUUAUUCAAUUAAAAUAUAAUCAAACUUUUAGCCUAAAAGGCAAAGGAUAUGGGAUCACUAUUACUCCGCUGCCCGCGGGUCAUAUGAUAGGUGGCACAAUUUGGAAAAUCCUUAAGGUGGGAGAAGAAGAUAUUGUUUACGCGAUGGAUUUCAAUCACAAAAAAGAACGUCAUCUAAAUGGCUGUGAAUUAGAACGAUUCCAACGGCCGUCCCUAUUAAUAACCGAUGCAUUCAACGCUUUGUACCAACAAGCUCGACGACGAGCUCGGGAUGAAAAACUAAUGACGAAUAUUUUACAGACUGUGCGUAAUAACGGCAAUGUUUUGAUAGCAGUAGAUACAGCAGGGCGAGUUUUGGAAUUAGCUCACAUGCUUGAUCAACUGUGGAAGAAUCGUGAAUCCGGCUUGAUGGCUUAUUCUUUGGCUCUAUUAAAUAAUUUCAGUUAUAAUGUUGUGGAGUUUGCCAAAUCGCAAAUCGAAUGGAUGAGCGAUAAACUGAUGAAGACGUUUGAAGGUGCGCGUAAUAAUCCUUUUCAAUUUAAACAUAUGCAGUUAUGUCAUAAUUUGGCGGAAUUGUCAUUACUGCCGGGACCCAAAGUGGUACUGGCCAGUACACCAGAUUUAGAAAGUGGCUUUACGCGCGAAUUGUUUGUUCAGUGGGCUGGAAAUCCUAUCAAUAGUGUUAUAUUCACCUCUAGAACUUCUCAAGGUACUUUAGCUACGGAUUUGGUGGACAAUCAUAUAUCGGGGCGUAAAAUUGAGCUUGACCUUAGGCGACGCGUUGAAUUGGAGGGAGCUGAACUGGAAGAGUAUUUACGUACUCAAGGAGAAAAAGUUAAUCGUCUUAUCGUUAAGCAAGACGUUGAAGAAGAGAGCAGUUCGGACUCAGACGAUGAUAUUGAAAUGAGCAUAAUUACUGGCAAACAUGACAUUGUAAUACGAUCUGAAGGGCGACAGCAUUCCGGUUUUUUUAAAUCCAAUAAACGCCAUAACGUCAUGUUUCCCUUUCAAGAAGAGAAAAUUAAAUGUGAUGAAUAUGGCGAGGUAAUCAAUUUGGAUGAUUAUCGUAUAGCGGAUAUGAAUUAUGAAGCCAGUUUAGAAGAGCAUAACAAAGAAAAUAUCAAGAAGGAAGAGAUGAAAGGGGAGAAAAGUAAAACUGAAGAUGAAAUCCAGCUGCUGGAGAAGCCUACUAAAUGCUUUAAUCAACGUAAAACUAUAGAAAUAAAUUGUCAAAUACAACGAAUAGAUUUUGAGGGUCGUUCUGAUGGUGAAUCUAUGUUGAAAAUACUCUCACAGCUAAGACCAAGGCGGGUCAUUGUAGUCCACGGCAGCGAAGACGCCACACAAGUGGUGGCCAAACAUUGCCAGCAAAACAUCGGAGCGAGGAUUUUCACUCCUCACAAAGGGGAGAUCAUAGAUGUGACAACUGAGACUCAUAUCUAUCAAGUACGACUUACUGAAGGCUUGGUAACCCAACUGCAGUUCCAAAAAAGUAAAAACGCUGAAAUUGCGUGGGUGGACGCACGUAUAGGUAUGCGCAAGCAGGCUAUAGAAUCUCCAAACAACGAAAGUAACGGCGAUAACGACGUUACCGAGGCCGCCGAAGAAGACAAGACUUUUACUUUAGAAUCCUUAGAGGCCGAUGAGAUUCCGGUGCAUAAUGCUGUAUUAAUUAACGAGUUGAAGCUGUCUGAUUUUAAGCAAGUACUUAUGCGCCACAAUAUCAACUCUGAAUUUUCGGGCGGUGUGCUUUGGUGCUGUAAUGGUACUUUGGCUUUAAGACGUAUUGAUACGGGAAAAGUAACUAUGGAAGGUUGUCUAUCUGAAGAGUAUUACAGAAUACGUGAACUGCUAUACGAACAAUAUGCUUGCUAUUGACUUUAUCGAUUAAUAAA